AAGAAGGUGCAGCUCUUCAGCGCUGGGAGAUUCAGUCUUUUCUGCUGGUCCUGUUACUCCCCCCCAUUCAUUACAUUUAUGGAAAUACACUGGGGACGACUCCCUGCUGCUGCCUCUGGACUCAGUGCCUGAAGUUCAGUAACAAAGUGCUGGGAGUGAUGUGAAUCCGGAGCAGCGGAGAGGAGUGAGUGGUUGCCGGUGGCACAUAGAAGCAGCAGCAGUUCAUUAUGUAAAUGUGUCAAUGUGCUGGAAGGCUUAGCCCAGUCGCAGCUUAGUGGCCACAGGAUCACUGCCCAGGCAUCUCAUACAUUAAUACAUUGACUACUGGAGGGCUGGGAUCAGGGCACUGUGUGGAUCCUAGUCUGGACUCUUUGCUAUUGGAUCUAAUGCAUUUGGAUGAUCACAGCAGCAGCAGCAGAAUUCUAGUAACCAGAUUGUGCCACCAUGGAGAACCUCUUACAUGUGCUCCUGCUGAUGGUUCCGCUUCUGUUUUCUGUCCAUGGUUUCCACCCAGAAUGCAGAAUGAAGCUGGUCCUCAAGCAGCAGGAGAUGAACUGUAUGGCCAAGCUGAAAGCACAGGGAACAGAAAUGUCCUCACAAAAAGGGUGCAUUGGAGUUUGGGAUAACAUCACGUGUUGGGACACAGCUCGGCAUGGGGAGAAAGUCACCCAGAACUGCCCCGUUGUGCUGCGGUACAAUUCCGGGAAGAAAGGAAAUAUAAGCAGAACAUGCACAAGGAGGGGCUGGACUGAUAUAUAUCCUGACAUUUUUGAUGCCUGUGGCUACAAUGAAAAUUCAACAUUGAAGCCCCAGGCCCAAAGCAGUGUAAAGAGGCUGGAUUUCUACGUUAUAGUAAAGGCAAUCUACACAUUUGGACACAGCGUUUCCCUGAUUGCUCUGACUAUAGGAUGUACCAUUCUCUGCCUGUUCAGAAAACUCCACUGUACACGGAAUUACAUUCACCUGAAUCUGUUCAUCUCUUUCAUUUUGAAAGCAAUCUCUGUUUUAGUGAAGGACAGCUUCCUCUUCUCCAAUCCAGACUCCUGUCCAGAAUCUUUGAUCGGCUGCAAAAUUAUAUUAGUAUUCCUGCAGUACUGUGUCAUGGCAAACUUCUACUGGCUGUUGGUUGAAGGGCUUUAUCUUCAGACACUUCUUCUGGUGAUAUUCUCUCCAAACAGACAUUUCACAGUGUAUCUGCUGACUGGAUGGGGCAUCCCUACCGUAUUCAUUAUUGUUUGGAUUGUCUCAAGGAUUUAUUUAGACGACACAGAAUGCUGGGAUAGUAAUGAUCACAAUGUUCCUCGGUGGAUUAUAAAAAUUCCCAUCAUCAUUUCCAUCACUCUAAAUUUCUGCCUUUUCAUUAACAUCAUUCGGAUUCUGCUACAGAAGCUGCGGUCACCUGAUGUUGGGGGCAACGACCAAUCACAAUUCAAGAGACUGACCAAAUCAACACUUCUGCUCAUACCACUAUUUGGGGUUCACUACAUGGUGUUCACGGUUUUCCCAAUGCCCAGUUUCAGUGACUGCCAGAUAUGGUUUGAACUGUGCGUUGGAUCCUUUCAGGGACUGGUCGUGACCAUUCUAUACUGUUUCUUGAACACAGAAGUGCAAGGAGAGCUAAAAAGAAAAUGGCAGAGCUGGGACUACAUCCAGUACAAGAAGCGAGACAAGAGGAUGCACAGUUUGACUAUUUCUCGCAACGGCUCCGAGAGUGCACCCCAGUUUCACAGGGACUCAAGGGCCCAGUCCAUCCUGCAGACAGAAACCACAAUCAUUUAAUCUCAGCAUCCAUAAAGGACAAUCAAUUGCCAAAUAUUAGAGACUGCAAAGAAUAAACGAGGCUCUCCGCACAGGGCCAAACUGACUCUGUAGAGAUCAUCUAUAGCUCAUAUAUAUAUAUAUAUAUAUAUAUAUAUAUAUAUAUAUAUAU